GAGAAUAAAAUAAACGAGAGACGUCGAAGAGGCGGACUGUAAAAUAUAUCUUCGAGGACCCACGCAAUAUUUGGCGACGACAGAAACCGUCAAGUUGACCGUCUUUACGGUGGAUCAAAUCCAACGAAUAAUUUUCCUGCAAGAAGACAAAAGUGUGGCAUGAAGUGCAUGAUACCAAGUCAUCAAUGAUUUGGAUCAUCAUUUUAAUAACCGUAGCGUUAUCAGGAUAACGUGGAUAACACAUCUGUGAUUUUUUGUCGAUUCAAUUAUUAAAAUCAGUGAAUUAUUUUCGCGAUUCAUCGAACAAUUGAGACUUGCGCGCGAAUAUUUCACAAGGGUAUCUUAUACGUCAUAUUUAAUGAAGAUCCAUCGUAUUUGUCUAGCUUUAAUUAUGGUCAUGAGAACAAUGGUUUAAAAGAGUUUUGUGCACGUGGGUUUCGUUUAGAAACAGUCUAAAGUGAAUUUGUUCUACUGCUAUAAUAACAAUAUAUAAGUCGUAAUAUAUUUAUAAUUUCAAAGACGUUUACAACGUCAGAUUUCAUUCACCAUUUUCACGAUGCAAUUAUACCAAGAGGAAUAAUUUAAUUUGACGAAGCAUGACAUAAUAAAGGGUGACAAGAAGAAGCUCAAAAAAAUUUCUACGAACAUCCUACAAGGAUGCAGCGAGUCCUGAGCUUCCAAAUGACCCGCAAUAUCGACGAGUCCAGUGAAUACGUAACGAAACGAUUGUGUUUCUCGUUUCUCUUCUCGGUCGGUUUCCUCUGUCUUCUCUGCGGCUUUUUGUUAGGCCGCUUCGCCGUCGAGAGGUCAAUGGAAACUCAAGCGCAGAAGACGCGGGGCGAAUUGGCCGGAAAUGGUCUCCGGACGACGGAGCAUCUUCAGCAAGUGAUGCUUCUAGAAUUGACAAGANNGUCGUUCGACUACGAACGUGCAACAAAUUGGCAGACGCCGGAUUUAGAAACUAAUAUACGACGCAUCAACGGGUUCUUUUCCAAUUUAUCGUUUGUUCAUGAAGUGACCAAUCAUACGUUUUGCGUUCGCGCAACUGUCCGCGGUUCGCGAGAACCAGAUAGAUAUGUUAUCUUAUCGGUUAACGGAGACGGUAUUACAGUAGCUCUAGAAUUAGCGCAGGUCCUGGAUAGAAUUUAUUCCGCGCACGAUUGGCGGCCACGACGAAGUCUGAUCUUUUGCAUGUCUCUGAUGUCCUCGGAUGUUUGUGCACAGACUUUGCCUACUUUUAUACGACAAAAAGUCGUGGCUUAUAUAGCGGUGCAUAGCCGUUUUACGCGAGCUAACAAUCAGGUGACUUUAUCCGGAUCCGACGUGAUACGAUCAAUAGCCGUCGAAGCUAUCAAAACAAUCCCUGAUGGUAAUUGGACAUAUCUCGAACAUGAAGUGUUUGGUCCUCGACUUUCUUUGAAUAUUCCACAAGUGAUAUUUUUGUUCAACGAUAGUAAUUCUGCAAACAGUCAAACGCAUCAUAAUCAAAGUUUGCGGUCACGCGGAAUAAUUCUAGCGCAGAUGAUUAGUCAAACUAUGUGGCGAUUGUCCGAAAGUAUAUUUAUUCAAUGGGAACCAAAAUAUUUUAAUGAAACCGUUAACGAGGUAUUGGAAUCAAUCGACAGUAACAAGUUUCAGGACGCAAAGGAGAAGUUGAAGAGUACGUUGAGAGUAUUACUUGCCGCGGUGAAGGAUCUUAAUGCAAAAAUCGACGCGAUGGAGAAUAUUCAGAUAUUACGCGUAAGGAUAUGGAAUGAUUUACUUUUGGAUCUGGACAAGGCGCUUUUAUGCUUCGACGAAAACUUGCAUCAUUCUAGAACUGAUCUAGCGACAUUUCGCAAACGAUUACUCGAAUCUACCAGCGAUACCUUGAAUUACCUCGACGAGAUAGCGAAAUGUUAUGAAGAUGCUAUACAAGUUUUACAGGAGAGAUAGAAGAGAAGAAAAGAGAUAAAUCUUGAUCAUUUAUUGUUAUGCAAUGUAUGUGCCGAUGUAUAUUUUUCAUUAUUUUGUUUUUAUAUGCAAAGUAAUAUAAGUGGCAGAAUAGAUUGAAUCAUUAAAUUUAUUAAAUUUUAGGUUCCCUGUAUUAUAAAAAAAUCAAAAGUUCUUUAUAGUAAUGUAAAGAAUAUUUUAGCACUUGUGCUUUACUUUGCAUUGUUAUCUUAUUUUUAUUGCCUAUCCAUGUAUAGGUAAAAUAAUUUUGUUUUGCAGAUAAGUGCAAAAUAUAAAAUAUAUAUUUCUAUUUGUAAUAAGUAUCUCAAGUAUAAAAGUAGUAUAAUAUAACUCUCUUAUUUCUAUUCUCACAUAUGUCUAACAUAUGCUUUCUAUAUCACAUUUCGUAUCUCUCUCUUUAGAGCUAAAAAGCUUUGUUAUAUCUAAAUUCGUGAUUUGUGUCUCAUGUAGAAGACACUAAGUUUUCUUUAUAUUAAGACAAAAAUAUUAAGUGUUAGAUAUUAAUUUGUAUGAAUCAAAUAUAUGAUUUUCACA